CCGUUGAGGUCGCUGUUAUUCCUGAGCGUCAGUCGGCAGCAGGACACAGAGGGGAAGCACCGCGGCUUUGGAAAGGGAAUAUUUUUUUACAUCGAGGUAAUCAGUCACCGCUAACUGGGACAGGCUGUCGCUUCACUGUCCACGAAAACAUCCGCGUUUACAGGACAUACACAUACUAGCUGCUGUAUAGUUGUGGGGUAAAAUGGAAGAUGGGAAGCCUGUGUGGGCGCCCCACACAACCGAUGGGUUCCAGCUGGGGAUGAUAGUGGACAUCGGUUCUGACACUCUCACCAUAGAUCCUCUCAAUCAAAGAGGAAAGACCUUUCUGGCUCCCAUCAAUCAAGUCUUCCCCGCUGAAGACGAUGUGAACAAACAUGUUGAAGACAACUGUUCUCUUAUGUAUCUCAAUGAGGCCACUCUUCUCAACAACAUCUGUGUCCGUUACAGCAAAGACUUGAUCUAUACAUCUGUGGCUAACAUCCUGAUUGCUGUGAACCCGUAUUUCGACAUCACUAAACUCUACUCCCCAGAAACCAUUAAGAGCUAUCAGGGACGCUCUUUGGGGACAUUGCCUCCUCAUGUCUAUGCUAUCGCGGAUAAAGCGUACAGGGACAUGAAGGUUCUGAAGAUGAGUCAGUCCAUCAUUGUGUCUGGUGAAUCUGGUGCUGGGAAGACAGAAAACACAAAGUUUGUUCUCAGAUAUUUAACCACAUCUUACGGGACAGGUCAAGAUAUCGAUGAGAGGAUCGUUGAAGCCAACCCUUUGCUUGAGGCUUUUGGAAACGCUAAGACAGUCAGGAAUAACAACAGCAGUCGCUUUGGAAAAUUUGUGGAAAUUCACUUCAAUGAAAAGAAUGCUGUUGUUGGCGGUUUCGUCUCACACUAUCUGUUGGAGAAGUCUCGGAUCUGUAUGCAGGGUUCAGAAGAGCGAAACUACCAUAUAUUUUACAGACUGUGUGCAGGAGCAUCAGAGGAUAUCAAGAACAUGCUUCAUCUCAGCUCUCCAGACAACUUCCGGUAUUUGAAUCGUGGCUGCACCCGAUUCUUUGCAAACAAGGACUCAGAUAAACAGAUCAUGCAAAACAGGAAAAGUCCCGAGCAUGGGAAGACGGGCGCUAUCAAGGACCCUUUACUGGACGACCUGGGAGACUUUAACAGGAUGGUGGCAGCCAUGAAGAAAAUCGGCCUGGAUGACACAGAGAAGCUCAAUCUUUUCAAAGUGGUGGCUGGAGUCCUUCAUCUCGGCAAUAUCGACUUUGAGGAGACAGGCAGCACCUCUGGUGGCUGCAUUCUGAAGAAGCAGUCUAGUCAGACUCUGGAAUAUUGUGCCGAGCUGUUGGGCCUGGAUCAGGACGAUCUGAGAGUCAGCCUCACCACCAGGGUCAUGCUCACCACUGCAGGGGGCGCCAAAGGCACAGUCAUCAAGGUCCCUCUGAAGGUGGAACAGGCCAACAAUGCCCGCGAUGCCCUCGCCAAAGCCGUUUACAGCAGGCUCUUUGAUCAUGUGGUCAAACGGGUCAACCAGUGCUUCCCCUUUGAUACGUCCUCCAACUUCAUCGGCGUGCUGGACAUCGCUGGCUUUGAGUAUUUCGAGCACAACAGCUUCGAGCAGUUCUGCAUCAACUAUUGUAAUGAAAAGCUGCAGCAGUUUUUUAAUGAACGCAUACUGAAAGAGGAGCAAGAGCUGUAUCAGAAGGAAGGCCUGGGAGUAAAUGAAGUUCAUUAUGUUGAUAAUCAGGACUGCAUAGAUCUGGUGGAAGCAAAGGUGGUGGGUAUCCUGGACAUACUGGAUGAGGAGAACCGGUUUCCCCAGGCCAGCGAUCAACACUUUGCAGGGGAAGUUCACAGCAAGCACAAAGAUCAUUUCCGUCUCUCUGUUCCCAGGAAGUCAAAACUCACAAUCCACAGGAAUCUGAGAGACGACGAAGGUUUCAUUAUAAGACAUUUCGCUGGUGCAGUGUGCUAUGAAACUACCCAGUUUGUGGAGAAGAAUAAUGACGCCCUCCACAUGUCUUUGGAGUACCUGGUGUGCGAGUCCAAGGACAAGUUUAUCCGCAGUCUCUUUGAGAACAACUCCAAUUCCAAGGACUCAAAGCAGAAGGCCGGCAAACUCAGCUUUAUCAGUGUGGGAAAUAAAUUCAAGACUCAACUGAACCUUCUGUUGGAAAAGCUUCGAAGCACAGGCUCCAGUUUCAUUCGUUGUGUGAAGCCCAAUCUGAAGAUGGUGAGCCAUCAGUUUGAAGGAGCUCAGAUCUUGUCUCAGCUCCAGUGCUCAGGCAUGGUAUCAGUGCUGGACUUGAUGCAGGGCGGUUUUCCCUCCAGAGCUUCAUUCCACGAGCUCUACAACAUGUACAAGCAGUAUAUGCCCAGCAAACUUACAAGGCUUGACCCUCGACUCUUUUGCAAAGCUCUGUUCAAAGCACUCGGCCUCAACGAAAACGAUUACAAGUUUGGAUUGACCAGGGUUUUCUUCCGUCCUGGAAAGUUCGCAGAGUUUGACCAGAUCAUGAAGUCUGAUCCGGAGCACCUGGCUGAGCUUGUAAAACGGGUCAAUAAGUGGCUGGUGUGCAGCCGUUGGAAGAAGGUCCAGUGGUGCACGCUGUCGGCCAUUAAAUUGGGGAACAAACUGCAGUACAGAGCCAGCGCCUGCAUCAAGAUUCAGAAGACGGUUCGCAUGUGGUUGUGCAAAAGAAGACACAGGCCUCGCAUCGAUGGUCUGGUGAAGGUGAAAAACUUGAGGAAGAGGAUGGAGAAGUUCAACGAGGCUGUGAAUGGACUCAAGGAGAGCAAGCAGGAAAUGAGUAAACAGGUCGAGGAUCUCGCUGCCUCCACAGACGCCCUCAUGGCCAAGAUCAAGUCCACAAUGAUGAGCCGCAAGGAGAUCGAGCAGGAGUACGAGGGCCUGGUGAAGCGCUCGGAGCAGCUCCUCUCCUCCAUGCAGAAGAAGAAGCAGGAGCAGGAGGAAACCGAGAGACUCAAGCGCAUCCAGGAGGAGAUGGAGAAGGAGAGGAUGAGACACGAUGAGGAAGAACAGUCACGCCAACAGGAGGAGCAGGACCGCCGCAUGAAAGCCGAGAUGGAGCAGAAGAGAAAACAGGAGGAGGAGGAGAGAAAGAAAAGAGAAGAGGAAGAACGAGUCAUGCAGGGGGAACUGGAGAUGCAGCUGGCUUUGGAGCGGGAGGAGGAGACUCAGAGACAGACCGUCGUGGAGCAGGAGAGAAGAGACAGAGAGCUGGCCAUGAGGAUCGCUCAGAGCGAGGCCGAGCUCAUCCAGGACGAAGCCCAAAUGGACCCAAGCCUGCGCAGGGGUGCGCUGGUGCAGGCCAACAAGGUGGCCGCUGGGGUGAAGAAGUACGACUUGAGCAAGUGGAAGUACGCUGAGCUGCGAGAUGCCAUUAACACCUCCUGUGAUAUCGAGAUGUUGGCAGCGUGCCGAGAGGAAUUUCAUCGUCGCCUGAAGGUGUACCACACCUGGAAAUCAAAGAACAAGAAGCGUGAUACAGAUACAGAAAUGAGAGCUCCUAAAUCCAUCACCGACUAUGCCCUGCAGAACCCUGCCCCACCAGUCCCAGCCCAACAGCAAGAGGUGGCGAUGAACCGACAGCAGCGCUACUUCCGCAUUCCCUUCAUCCGCCCCGCAGACCAGUACAAAGACCCACAGAACAAGAAGAAGGGCUGGUGGUACGCCCACUUCGACGGCCCCUGGAUCGCCAGGCAGAUGGAGCUCCAUCCAGACAAGCAGCCCAUCCUUUUGGUAGCAGGUAAGGAUGACAUGGAGAUGUGCGAGCUGAGUCUGGAAGAAACCGGGCUCACGCGAAAACGCGGAGCGGAAAUCCUCCCGCGUCAGUUCGAGGAGAUAUGGGAGCGCUGUGGCGGAAUCCAAUAUCUGAGAAGCGCCAUCGAAAGCAAGCAAGCCCGACCCACCUAUGCCACCGCCAUGCUCCAGAACCUUCUCAAGUGAAGAUCACACGUUUUCCCCUAUUGAUUCACACAAUCUGUGCACAUGUAGAUGGUAAAGUAGCGGAGCUAAAAAUAAGGGGCUUUUCAUCUCUGUGGGUGUUUUCACUAGAUGCUUUUUAACCUACAGUACUGUGCAAUUCUAGUGAAGACUACUACUGUUCACUCUCUUGUUUGUUUGUAGUUUGUUAUUCAUUUUGCGGUGAACUUGAAUAGCAGUUUUCAUGUAAAUCUGAGCCUUGUUUGCUCAGUGAUGCCUCAAGAUUGUCUAUUAUCUUAUUUGACGGUUAUUAGAACGCCACAUCCAUGUAAACCUGCACAUACAGUAAAUCUAAAAAAAAUCAUGUUUUGGUGCUUAAAGCAUUUCUUAGACUAGUUUUGAUGCUUAAUCAUAGACGGUUCACAUUUCGUAAUAUUAUUGUUAAAGGUGUGUACUUUUUAUUUUAAAGUUUUUCUUUUUGCUGCUUUACUGCCGUGAUAAUAAGUAAAGAAUUCGUGCUUUCAAAGCACUAGAGCUCGAUUUGCACCAUGACCCACCCAAUAUAGCAUCCGAUGGCAUGAGCUUGGGCGGGGCUCAAUGUUUGUUUGGCCAAUGGCAGGUGGAGGGAACCUGUUAAAAAAAAAAAAGUGGUUUUGAUAGGGGUUCAAAAAAAGACACGCUCACCUGUAAGCUAAAAUUCUAUCAUGAGACCUAAAUGGUCAUUAUUGCGGAGCAACAUUUAUUAUAAAGUUAGUUAAAGUAACUAUAAUCCAAUCCGAGUUUAUUAAAGAAGGGUAAUGAGGAACAUGCACUGGAAUACAUUACGUUGCUCUUUAGAUCAUAACUUUUUGUCUCACCUUUGUAAAUGCAGUAAUGGACAUUGCGUCUCUUCCUAGAAUAACAUCAUCCAUAAUUGCCUUUACAUAUAUUUGAUUAUGAAUUCUGUUUGAAGAUUUCAAAGCAGCUUUGGUUCAUAAAGGAACAGUCACCGCUGGCGAGGGUUUUCUCCGUAGUUUUGUACUUGAGUCAUGAUAACAUGUUAAAGGGUAUACUCCUAUCUGUUCGGUCAAGCGAUAAUGGCACCUUUCUUAAAGAUUUGCUGUGAAUUCUGUGGCGUGUGGUAGAUUUCGGUUUAUUUACUCUUUUAAUUUUACAGUUAUUUAUAUUCGAACUAAAGGGAAGGUUUAGUUUAAAUGCGCUGGUGUUCUGGAGUGUGUCUUUAUGCGGUUCUUGUCUUUUCUCAUUUCGGUCUAAAGUACAGAAAUAAUGGAAGCUGCAAACACAUGGCGCAGACCAAAUUGCCGCAUUUGAUUCAUUUGCAGUCAUUAUCCAGCCUUUGUUUAUUCAUAUGCUGAUGUUUUUCUCUAUUUACAUCCUUUCAGCCCUUUCUGACUGAAAUAGUGUCAGCUCAAACUAUCCGUUCAUGAAUAUUAUAAUUGUUAAUUAUUUGUUUCUUGUCUGUCAGUUGAUCUUUGAUGUGUCUGGGUUUAUAAUACUCUUUAUUUUCUUUUGGACUGGAAACUAUUGCUGCAAUCCCUUUGCUAGACAAGAAUAAACACAAU